UCCUCUCGCGGAAGCCUCCACCGCCGCCAUUGUAGCACCGUUCGCCGGUUCCUGUGGGUUGAGUCCGUGGAUUUGCCGUGCUGCCGAGCCGAGUUGUUCGCUGGCGAGCUUCUCGUCGCUCGUGCGACAGCGUUCUGUGGUUCGCGGGGGCGGCUACCAUCUCGACGAACGCUAAUCCUGCCACCGCCAACUGACAACCGUCGUACGAUCUGACAUACUUUAACAGCUUUCUAGGCCCAGCGAGAUUUCUACUGACUCGGGUCGACACGCCUUCCGAUGUACAAUAACGGAUACUCUGCGCACGGCAGAUGUAUGUAUGGGGCUUUUAUCAGUUAUAGGCCUAGGGGAAGUCGAGACUAUGGUAAUCGCAACGCAGGAAGUGGCGGGACUUACUGGAACAGUCAGCAGCAGGGCCAGAAAGAUUAUGGUACAAAGAAACAGAAUCACAGGAAGACUCCAGGAGACUUGCUCAAGAAACCUAUCUGGGAUCUAGGAUCACUGCCUCCGAUCAAGAAGAACUUAUAUGUUCCUCAUGCCAAUGUUUUGAACAGAACGCCCGAAGAGAUUACCAAGUAUCAUGCAGGCAAAGAGAUCACCGUUAAGGGCAAUAAUACGCCUUUCCCGAUCCAGGAGUUUAAAGAGAGCAACUUCCCGGAUUAUGUGAUGGAAGAAAUCAGAAAGCAGGGAUUCGCCGAACCUACCGCCAUACAAGCUCAAGGUUGGCCGAUUGCACUUAGCGGACGAGAUCUCGUUGGAAUAGCUCAAACUGGGUCUGGAAAAACCUUGGCGUACAUCCUUCCAGCAACCGUGCACAUCAACCACCAGCCUCGCUUGAGCCGCGGUGACGGCCCGAUCGUUCUGAUUCUCGCUCCGACGCGCGAACUUGCUCAACAGAUCCAGACAGUCGCACGCGACUUCGGCUCAUCCUCGUGCAUCCGCAACACCUGCAUCUUCGGCGGCUCGCCGAAGGGGCCUCAGGCCCGCGAUCUUGAGCGCGGAGUGGAGAUCUGCAUCGCGACACCCGGCAGGUUGAUCGACUUCCUCGAGAAAGGCACCACGAACCUGCGCAGAUGCACAUAUCUGGUGCUGGACGAGGCCGAUCGCAUGUUGGACAUGGGCUUUGAGCCGCAGAUUCGUAAGAUCAUCGAACAAAUCAGGCCCGACCGGCAGGUGCUCAUGUGGUCGGCCACUUGGCCCAAAGAGGUGCAGGCUCUCGCCGAGGACUUCCUCACCGACUACAUCCAGAUCAAUAUCGGCUCCUUGACCUUGGCGGCCAACCACAACAUCCGGCAGAUCAUCGAGAUAUGCCAAGAGCACGAGAAGGAGUCUAAACUGUCGCAGUUGCUGCGUGAGAUCGGGACAGAGCGCGGCAGCAAGAUGAUCAUCUUCGUGGAGACGAAGAAGAAGGUGGACGACAUCACGAAGGCGAUCAAGCGCGAAGGCUGGCCCGCCAUUUCGAUCCACGGCGACAAGUCGCAGCCGGAGCGCGACUACGUGCUGUCGGAAUUCCGCAAUGGCAAAACCAUGAUUUUGGUCGCGACUGACGUGGCGGCGCGCGGUUUAGACGUCGAGGAUGUGAAAUACGUCAUCAACUUCGACUACCCCAACAGCUCCGAGGACUACAUCCACAGGAUCGGCAGAACUGGCCGCUGCCAGAGCGCGGGUACCGCCUACGCUUACUUCACGCCGAACAACGCGAGACAGGCGAAGGAGCUGAUCGCGGUAUUGGAGGAAGCUGGCCAAGCUAUAAAUCCACAGCUGGCGGACAUGGCGAACUCCAUGAGGAACCAAUACGGCAAAGGGCGGCAGCGAUGGAGCCACGGACGCGGCAAGGACAACAACACACACGGGAGUCCCAGGAACAACAUCAGCCCGACCAUAAACAACUGGCAGAGUCAGCACAUUCCGCAGCAGGUGAGCCAGCACCACAGCCAACAGGCCAAUCAGGAGAAGGCUAUGGUGCGUCAUCAACGCAACGCCGGUGGUGGCGGAUACCAAGCCAAUCGCCAGAACAAUUAUCAGCCACAGCACUCUUAUCAACAGCAACAUCAGCAACGACAGCCCGCCUCUGGCUACCAGAACGGCUAUCAGGCUACUAACAACGCGUGUCAACCUACCCAUCAGCAGACCAGCAGCAGCGCGCCCAGGUAUCAAAACAGGACCGGAUACCAGGGUAAUCGCUUUCACAGUCGGCAGAACGGCUUCAACGGCGGUCAGAACGGGCCCAAUGUGUACUCGAUGCCGCCGCCCUUCAUGAUGCCAUCCGGCGGGCACACUGACUCCGGCAUCCAGAACCUCGUGAACAACAAGUUCUUCCAGACGACGAACCGACCGCCCCCGAACGCCGGCGCCUGCGCGUACCAAUCAAUGGGUUAUAGCCAGUUUCAGGCCAUGCCGCCGUACGGAUAUCCGUAUCCGCCUACGCCGGUGCAGCAGUGACGCCUCCCGCGGUACAAAACCGCCGGGGUACGGGCUAAAUGAAAAGUAAGUAAGUUGGUCCCGCCUAUCGGGUCCUACCAUUGGGUCCCUAUUGGUGUGACAGUGGACCCAAUUCGGCUAUGGUAGACUGUCGAUAUUAAUUAACCAGCUCGUAGAAUUUACGGGAGUUCUAUUUUGGUGGGGUCCGAGGCGUCCGGAUGUUAAACUCGUGCUUCGAUCAUUUCGAAUUCUAGAGAUCAGUUUGUGGGAAUUUCGACACCUCGUCGAGAGAAAUUAACAAUGUUGAGUUGAGAAGGGGAAAGGUGUUUCUCACGAGCUUACCAACGGAAGUAGAGUCGGAUUUGGAAUUUGGCUUUUUGCACGAUCGAACGCCUUGCCGCCUCCUCGGAGAUUUCCGACAACACUGAAAUUUUUAAGAAUCGACAGUCUACUGCAUAUCUUUAAUGUGUAACACUUGUUCUUAUUUCUUUCGUUUAUUCUUUUUCUGGAAUUGUGCCGGUUCGAUGUACUUUUAAGCGUUUUUAUUUUGAAAUAUUCGGCGUAUCCAGCCGUUGGAGAAGUUGCAGAUAGAAAAAUUGAAUUUUUGUUUGUCGCCGUCACGGUUCGGAGGAUGAUGCUUUAACAAUUUGAAUCCAAUUGUUAACACGGUGCGUAAAGAAAUAAUUAUUAACAUGAAAACUAGUUUUUCAGUGUUAUAGAAACUGAAGCAGUUGUGAGGAAUAUGCGAUAUUUUAACUUCUGGUUCUCUUGAACCUCUUGUGCACGUCACAAAUUUAAAACCUUUAGAAAUUAGGAAAUGUACCGGGAAUAAAGAUAUAAUCUUUUCGGUACAACAGCAUAGGAGCAGCACAGGAAUGAUUGCUUCUGGCCGAAGCGUUGAAUCCGCAAGUAUAUCUUUACAAUGGAAAGGAUCGCCUAACCGAUCUAGGGUGAAUUCACAUGUUGACAGAGAAGCAAAAGCCAAUCAGAACUCGCGCUGGUAAUAAGCGGUAGAUAAAGCAAAAACUGUCGACUACCAGUGCGGGUUCUGAUUGGUUUCUGCUUUUCCGUCAAGGUGUGAAUUCUCUUUUAAAUAUUUCAAAUGAUAUAUUAUUCGAUUAAAGAUUUAUGUAUAUAUUUUCUUUAACGUGAAGUGUAUAAAUUAUAUAUUUAAUUUUUUUUUUUUUUUUUGAAACAGUUAUGGACACAUAGUGAACACUAUGAAUACGUAGUGAGAUAAUAGAAGUUAUAAAAUAACGACACACACACACACACACACACACACACACACACACACACAAUGAAGAAGUUCGGAGCGGAGCGUGCGAACGAUGUAAAAAUAAAAGAAAAUCGGAGACUAUAGUUGGAAAAAAUAUAACAAAUAAGAAAUGUUUCAGAUUGGAGAGCUUAUAUUUUUGUAGGAAAGCUUAUUGAAGUUCGUUCACUUUUGCAGUUUCUUAUAUUUAAAUUAUUCGGUAAUUUCUGCAACAAUUUAAAUUAUACGGUCACUUGAUCGAUUUGUUCGCAAGUGUAAAAUUACAAUGCAUCUCCGAUUAUCGCACGCUCCAAUUAUCAUUUACGUUUUACAGCGUGCAAUGCGGUGAAAAAAUAAAAACAUUUAGUAUACAAGUAAAUGCUAAAAUAUUUUUCUUCUUACAAAGUUAAUUUUUGCACUGCCACUCGUCGACUUUCGUUCGUCCUUGCAAGAGAAUUUGACGAGGUUGGAUAAACUCAAAUUGUUAAAUCAGUGGACACAGAACCGAGACGGCAUACCGAUCAAUGGAGGCACAUUCCAGUUUUCGGAUUUUUGAUGUAGCGUUUAGCAUCUUUAGCGAUGAGCAUACAUGAUAUAAUAUCGAUUCUAGAUGUUGACCGCCACGUUGACGGUCCAUGAAACCCUUUAAUGGUAUAAUUGAGAAUAAAUAGUAAUCCUCUUGCGCGAGUAAACUAUUGUAACUACAUUAUAAAUGCUUUCUCCGAAAUGCACGAAACAUAUAGAAGGGGGUGGGUUAAGACUAUAUAUCAGAUGUAAUAAUUUAUAAUUUAUUUAUAUAGUUCGCGUGAUUACACAUACACAGAAAAUGAAACCAGCAAACAAAACGCGCGAUACUCUCUAUGGAAAGAAAAUUUGUAAGGCCUUUUGCAUAAAAAUUAAGCCAUUUUUUAUGCGCUCCGGCAUGAUUAACAAAUUGUCGUGCCCUCUGUUCCGCGAGCAUGAAAGAAGCAACGGAGACCGUCAAUAUAUAUAAAGUAAAAACAAACAAAGGGAGAAAAGAGAAAGACAGACUGGAACAGCUGGGAACGCCUGGAACAGCUUCGCCGACGAAACUAAACUAAUUUCGGGCACUCCGAUGCAACUAAUCGUAGCGUAAAAAAAAAAAAGUAAGCAUCUCGUGCUCCGAGGAUCUCGCAAGUGUUCAAACGUGGCUUCGAGAUCUCUGGAUUCGCGGAAUCCUGGUCUACGGUUUCAGGACACUUGGAACUCGCACUCAUAGGAAUCUCUGAGUCCUUGGAAAUUUGACACACACACACACACACACACACACACACACACACACACACACACACACACACAAAACACAGACACUUUGAAAUCUUGAACUCUGAGCCUCCACAUUCCUACUUCGAAUGCUCCGACAUUCUUAGACAAUCAUCUUUGAACAUAUCUUUUAAUCCUCGGAUUCUCUUUGUCUCUUGCAAUUUCUAAGUUUCAAAUGCGAACGUUCGCGUGAUGCUUCUUGGAGCUUCGAGCGCUUAACUUCUUGGACUUCCUGACAUUACGGAUCCAGGGACACUUUUAGCGGGGUUUGAACGGUCGAUUCUUGGAGAGACGGGCAUGACUUUUAGGGGUAAAUUAAGCAGGUAGUCACAAUGGCUGUGUACCUCGACGCAAAGUUUGAUAUCUUAUUUUUAUAUAUAUAUCGAAAGUGAUUUGUUGUUGAACCAACGAAUGAUUAUAUGAUACAUUGUUGUUUGAUGUUUAUGCAAUUGGCCACUGAGUGGUCUUGUCUCUGCGCACCGUGCGCGCAGGCUGGCCGCCAUUGAAACUAAUCUGAUCUUUAGUUGUACCUGUUCUUUUAGUUAACAAGCAACGGUCCAAAUUACGCCAUUUCUCACUCCGGUGAACAGUAACGAUUAUAUGCUACUUUCUGCUGAAGUUUCACUCUUCUACUGGUAAUUUACUUCGUUCCCCGCGGCGCUCGUCCUUCGGGACUUUCAGACUCUUCGGAUUUUGCAUUUUGUUGAAUCCAUCUUUUUCUUUGACCUGUAACUUUUUCUCUUCAUUCUUUGAACAUUUCGGAACUUUAAUAGCUCACAGGCUAACUUCUGGAAUAUAGAAUCCCUCGCGAACAUUGAAAGGAUGAUAAAGAAAAGAAAGAAUGAAGACAUAAGUAUUUGGGAUAUUGAAACCUUUAAAUAUUUUCAUCUUCACAGACGUUUGCACAUCCUUGUUUCGUUGGAUUGUUACUUUGGCACAUCUUUGGCAAUUGUUUUCUGGAGCAGGCGAAGGUUUUAAUUUUGGAGUUAAACUCGAUAGAAGCUAAAUUCUCUCCUUCUACGUUCUGAGACUUUUGCGAUCUUAGAAUCCACAGAUUGAACUUUGAAAUUUUGCAAAUUGCGAUAACAUUGAAGAUCUUUUGUGCUCAGUGAACAUGAGAAAUACCGGUUGAAGAGUGGACGCACCGCAAACCGACUUGCGUAUGGUAAACUAAGGAUAUAACAUAUUGUUGUAUUCUGAAGCAGCCCUUUGCGGUACCGGAGGACGUUUUCUAAUCAACAUGCCCGAUUAAUUAUCGAACCAAUUAAUUGGCGCACGCUGUCAGGGCAUGUAACGUAUCUUGUUAGCAGCGUGUCGCAUUUUUGCGAGCCUCCAGAUUACUCUGCACAUACCACCGUAUAUCAUGUAAUUAUCGAGAAAGAAAUAGGAAGCGACAAUGAUAGAGGAAAGAGAGAGAGAGAGAGAGAGAGAGAGAGAGAGAGAGAGAGAGAGAUAUAUAUAUAUAUGUAUGUAUAUAUAUGUAAUUCUCUGGUCUCAGGGAAACCGAGUGAAAAACAAUCUCAGUUCUUAGGGAGAGCGUUUUUUCUCCUGAUUUCACCGUUCAGUAAUGAACUGUAGUUGAGAGCGGUAUUCAUAGUCCGAUCUAAGAUUUUAUAAGAUCGUCCUAAAUUCAUCUCAAGUUUCGCUAUGUAGCCAAUGAAUCUUAAGAUGAGCUCGGGGCGAUUUUAAAAAUAAGGUUGAACUAUGAAUAAUCACCCCGAGUGUCCAGUUUUAUGACUGUUCCUCAAAUAUCUUCCUCUCUGAGUUUUAUCUAGCUAUUCCUCUUUAUAUUGUUUUUAAUAAUUAUAAAUUAUAGUAGAGUAACUGAUAGUGUUGUUCCCUCCCGUUUAAGUUUUUCGUGGGAGGCCAGAGAAUUAAUACCAGCUAACAAAUGCAGGGAUGCAUUCGCGCAGGGACGCUAUUAAUUAAUGAUUGUUGAUUAUCGCCGCGUGGCGGUUAUUUACUCGCGACUCGCUUUUGUGAAGUAAUUAGCCACUCGUUACGCACACAACGCAAGAAUUGCAAAGAUGCAGCAAUCCCUCUCGCAGUAAAGUCCUUUGGCUCGGUUAGAUUCGCGUACUCGAGAUCGGGCAUGAUACGUGGAUUGGUUUUGGACGCCGUUAAUCGCCGUGGAGAGCCUCCAGUGUUUUUUACGGGAAAACGAUAGUCAAUAAUAUUCAACGAAGUGGGACAUAUGCGAUAUCUCCUGAAUCAGGAUCCUCGUGUCCUUGGAUACUUGCCUUCUUCGAAGGUUCGUAUUCCGAAACUGCUGUUAUCAUAGUUUCGCCGUUGAUCGCAUCCCGGUAAAUUCUGACAUAGAUUUUCAGGUUCCAUGACAUCUCGGAAUUCUCAAAGCUCCAGAUUGCAAUUUUAGAUCCUCUAGAUCCUCGCAGGUUUGAAACUUGGAAGUACCAACACCUCUUACGACUUGGUGAACGUGGUAUUUUGAAAUUCCAAGAAUUCGGCAGAUUGGGCUUUCAGAACUUAGGGAUCUUGAACUUUACUUCAGAUUACAAAACGUAUUUGAAAAUCUUGGCACUUUAAGAGCUUCGAUACUUUACGGUAUUCUUCAGAUCUUGAGUUUCAAGAAAAAUAUCAUACAUGAUUUGUAAAUUUUGGAUGGUUACAAUUUUCCUCGGUUUCUGAUAUUGGAACAUCCGAACCUUCGAAUUGAAGGAUCCUUCGAUCGUGUAGGGUCUUCGAUCGGCGAAUAUUGAUCUUGACGCGCCUACUUUGUCAAUCGGAUUGCAUACGUUAUGUCGAUGAAUAGUGAUAUAAUAAUAGGAAACGUAUGUGUUGCGAGCAUGAUAAAGUCCUGAAUACUCUCGCACAUUGCGUACACCCGCUAUCAAAUCGUGGCAGUUCUACUCAAAUUAAAGGAAACUCGCACUGAAUAAUUCAUUAUGAACUAGUUCAUUAGUUAAUCCCUGAUAUAAACUAUCAUCCUUCGAAAUGAAAAACGAUUAUACUGUUGACAUAAUCAUUACUGACGCUGUUGAUAUUUUAUUUCGCUUUCAUGAAAGGUUUGAAUUAUUUUACGAUAUUAAUUGUGCGAUUGUUUAAAAACUUGGAAGUUUUGUACUCUAUUUUCCUUUCAUUCUCUUUCUUGGUACAAAGCAGUUGGAUAGCGGGUGUACGCGUAGUUCUGUGAUAUGUAAAACGUAGCAUAUUUCUAGAUCUACCUAUCGUGCAUCAUGAUUAAAAUAAGGAACGUAUCUCAUCAGUUUUAUAUGUGGUAUAUCAGUCAUCUGACCUUAAUGAUGCUUAAUGCAGGGCCGUCGAUAUCCAUUUAGCUAACAAGAAAGGGAAACGAUAUCAAACGUACUUUUCUCUCACUUUACUGGGGCAAACGUUAUGAUCUCAUUGGAUUAUAUAAAAAGGUUUUUUUUUAAAGAUAACAAAUUUAAUACGACUCUAUCAUUUUAUUUAGCAGUACACACGCACUGCUAAAUAAAAUGAUGAUAUCGUAUAUAUAAAAAUAUACAAUAUAUAUAUAUAUAUAUAUAUAUAUAAUACAGAAGCUGGAAGUAAUAUUGCAAUAACGUUAACUUUUGUGUGGGACACACACAUACGUAUAUAUGUGUAUGUAUAUAUGCACAUAGUACAAAAGCUAACAUUAAUGUUGUUUCAACGUUGCUGCGAUAUUAUUGCAAGUUUCUGUGCUAUAUGCUAUAUAUAUUUGUAUACUUUUUAUGAAAUCUCUCGACAUCCACACGAAGUAAUAUGUCAUUAUACCAGAACUGCCGAUCUUUUUCGACGAAGAACAUUGGCCAAAUUAUAUUCUACAGUUCUUCAAAAUUUUAAAACAUUUCUUUACGCAAUCUAAUAAUCAGCUGUUAUUAAAAGCCAGUAAUUAAUUACUAAGCUACAGUUUCUAUAUUUUUAUUAGCACAAUUACAUGUCAGAUACAGAAUUUUGGAAGAGGAGGGGAGAGAGAGAGAGAGAGAGAGAGAGAGAAGUAAGAUUAAUAAAUUUUUAUAACUUAAAAUCACAACGACGGCCACUUUAGGGUCUAACCUGUGCGCUUUGAGGUAUAACGCGAUGGGAAUAUCAAAUUAAUUGGCCUUUAAUUACAAUACGGGGGCCAAGAAGUUUUUCAAGGCAGUCUCGUAACUAUAUCUUCAUAUGGCCACGAUUCUGUAGGUAUUGGUGCCUGCGACUAUAGUGUUUACCCUGCAUGAGACACAUAGUGGGACGAAUUAAACUGAUGUUAUAUCCAGAAAAUGUAUAAUUUCAGUUGUGUAUUAGUGAAGUGCACGAGAAAGAGAGAGAGAGAGAGAGAGAGAGAGAGAGAGAGAGAGAGUUUAUAUUUUGGUAUUGAGAUUGUACUCCGUAAUCUCAUCAAGAUAUGUAUUCCGUGGUGAUCUUGGGAUUGAGAGAGUAAUCUCGUAUAUUGCGUUAAUAUAAAAUUACAGCAGGGUCUGCGUUUCUCGCUCAUUUUGGAUCUUGUCAUCAAUUUUCAUUCAUAGAGCACUUAGGAUCCUUGCGAUACGUCGAUUCUUUACGCGCCAUUCGUAAAGGAAUCGGGAUUUUCGGAUACCUCGAGUUAGCAGUACCGGGACGUUGCAGGGUCGCAGGUUUUGGUUCUGCCGCCACUUCGUUUGAACUUACUUCGAGUUGCUUUUGCGCUAUUCGGUCCUAUGUAGGGGUCGGUGUCAAAUUGAAAUGAUCAUCGACGUGCCCCUGCGGUGGCGAUUGAGUCGAGAUCCGAUGAUAGCGAUCGUUCUGUGAUGGCGAAACAGAGCCGAUAAUCGCAAUUCGGGGGAGUACUUUCUUCUAUCUUCUUCUUCUUGUUCUUCUCUUCUUCAUGAUGAACGCUGAUGAGCACUGUGAUAUCGCGUACAUAAACAUUUUUAAUUAAUCGUAAACAUAAAUAUCAUACUAUUAUAGGGACUAUUCUUUUUUACACACGAAGACUGAACUUUGCCAACUUAUAUACGAGUUUAGCAGAUCCCCCGUCCCGCUUCCCGCCAUCCGACACGUGUACACGUGCACCGUAUACGACGAAGUGUGUAUACUGCUAAUCGUUUAUUUAAUCGUUUCGUGUGACUUCGCGCCGUUGCGGAUGGCCGUGGUCUUACUGUUAUUGAUAAUUUCGAUCGUUCGCGUAUUAUUAACUUUGUUGAAGAAACGUUUAUGAUCUUCGGUUACUUUGUAGUAUCGCGGCGUCUCCGUGGUCAUGGGUGUCGCAGAGCAUAGAGUCUCUUCCCUUCUUUCUUCGAAACUGACCUCGUGCCUGCUCUUAGGAAUCUUCUCCCUUGCGAUAUGGAACCCUGAUCUGCGUCUUGGGUGUUCUACGGGGAAAAGGGGUGUAAAUAUAGUUCGAUUUUCCUGAGAUUGUUUCAUUACAAAAAGAAUAUCCUAUGUUCAUACACAAUAGGAAUGCUAAUUAAUAUUUAAUAUAUUUAUGGGUAUACGAUAUAAACUAUAAGUUACGGAAUGUUGUUUCAACGGUAUAAUCUAGAGUUUAAAUGGGAAUUUCAUUAACUACCUGAGAGAAAUGUCUCUCUCUGUGAAAUUCGCGACAUGUCUGACAUCUUUUUUUUUCCUGGAGUUUCUCUUGUAUAUGCUGGGACACGCAAGUAUGUGUUCGAUGCCUCCGAUUUGUUGUGUAACGAUACUCUCAAUUAUCUCUAUUCUCCUUGGACCGCGUUAAUUUUCGCUGGCAAAACGGUAUUUCUAAGUCUAAGGUAUUCAGCAAUUUCACGCGUCGUACAUACAGUGACUGAUUAAAACGCGCAUUAUACAUUAAAUUCGUUGCGUCAAGUAUCGCGAUAGUAGAGUCUAAUUAUCAUAAAAAGAAAAAAAAUUGAAUUUACGUUCAACACGAGAAAAGGAUUUCCCUUACGUACGAAGAUAUUGUAGUUACGUCUGUCUAAAAGCAGUCUUAAAACCCCGAAAGAGGCUACGAUGUAACGUUUCUUUUUUUUUUUUCAUUCUUAAGUUAAACAUAUUCUUAAUCCAAGAGAAACCGUCUGUUAACUUUGCACAUGAAGUCGCUUAAGUUAUAAGGGCAUUCGCAGUUCAUAAUGGCCAUAUCGGCUAUUUUGAUCGAACAGUCCGUUGUUGUGUGAAAUUUAUCCCGAAAGACGAACAAUCCAGUUAGAGUUUCGACUGAUUUUCGUUCGUUAUUAACUCGCGUCCCGUUUGAACUUGCAAUAUUAUUCUAGUAACUAGCGCGCAAUUAAGACGUAAAGGCCACCGACUAAAGAAAACGAGCUACUAAAAAAAAAAAAAAAAAAAAAAAAAAAAAAAAAAAA